AUGACCCCCCAACCCCGGUUUCUUUCUCUUCCUCGCGAGAUUCGAGACAUUAUCUACAAGUUUUACGUAGUUGCAGAAGGCGGAUACACCUGCAACCCCGAAAAGCUUGUGGAAAGAAUACUGAACCAGCACAGCGAUGAAACCGACUCCGCCAGUCUCGAUGUCUCUGGCAUAUUGCAGAGAGCUGAUCUUCAGCCCAUCGAUCUGAACCUGAGCUACACUUGCAAGCUUGUGGCGCAAGAAAUAAGCGGUGUCGCCCUACGAACCAACACAGUCACUUUCUCGACAUUCACUUCGGCUGACCUUCGCAUCCUCGCCGCCCGUUUUCACAGCCUGAUGGUGGGACGCUUCGACGGCGACCGAAGGGGAUUGCUGAAGUUCGCUGGUCACGCUAUUUCAGCCGAGGCAUGUCGGCAGCUUAAGGUCAAAUUCCCUCAAUUCAGCCAGCUUCUUGAUCGAAUGAUGCGACAAGGCGGAGCGCAUCACAUGUGGGGGACGUAUGGCGAGGUGCCCUCGGUCUACCGUGCUUUCCAGAAAGACGCACUCUUGGCCAUCGCUCGAUCUGAAACCGGCCGUAAACGGCUUGAUCGUUACUGGUAUGAGAAGCACGAGAGGUGGGCUCCCCACAUACCUUCGCUUCUCGUGGUCCGCUGCAAUAUCGAGCACUGGGCUAUCCCGUCCAUGCAAGACAUGCAGUAUUUGAGUUCCUGUCAGAUGAAAGAUUCAGACUUUGUGUCAAGGGUCACCCGCCUCCGGGACCGUACAAAUUACCGCUUCUCGGCCGCAGCAGCUGCAAUUCACGUUCUGCAGUCUCUGCCUCCUACCAUACGCAAGCAACUGCGCCGCGUGGUCUUGGAAGAAGAUCGGGAAGCGGUGGCGGAUCCACAGUGUCACGCAUUGGGGUUGAUUCCGUUGUGCCAAGAGAACCCUCUGCUUCGCGUGGAACGCCGCGUCAACUUGUGGAGGAAUGCAUUCCAGCGCGACGGAUAUUAUCGUUGGUCCCCGGAGUCGCGAUACAAAGCCAAGUACCGUCACGUGUCCUGGGCUAUGGAUUCAAACCGUGAAACGCUCUGGGCUAUGGAUUCGGCGCAGGUCACGGCGAACGUCUCCAGCUGGGUUGGAGAAGCCUUGGCCCUCGAACCCGCAGGCAUGCCUCCAGGGGCAUUCUCGCUGGUUUUGGAUGGCGAACCCGUUCCCUGGCAAAGCACGCAAGUUUUCCAACGGAUUGUCCAGCGAGAUGCGGCUUGGCAGGAAGCAUGGAAUCAAUCCCUCGACCGUGGUAUUCUUCCAGCCUUGUCAUGGUUUGACAGGAAAGGAGAGUCAUGGGGUCACCAUGCGCCUGACUGGGCCUUCGACAACUGGCCGCAAGCUCUGCGAGAUAUCGCAGAGGGCACCUCCGUCGUGAAAUGCAACUUCGACGUCGGAGAUCCGUGGAGCGUUGAGCAGAUUGUCGACGAACACCGGGGAUGGACGAUGAAUCAGUGGACGGAGGAGCUGGAAAAGCCCGAACCGCUGGCCUGGGAGCCCGAUGCCCCGUUGCCCGGCUGGAAGGAAAUCAUAGAGGAGGACCUCGUUUACGUGAAGCCCGAGGAUGAUGUGUCGUCUGUAGACUCCGAAGACGACUGGCUCGGUGAGGAUGAUGACUGA